CAGAAGAUGGAGGGGAAAGUCCUCAGGGAUUGAGGAGAGUUUGGAAAACUUACCCCAAAGCCCAGAAGAACAUGACAUUGAUUUGUGUUUUUCUUUUUGCUUCCUUUUAAUUUCUAUUUCUGUUUCCAGCUCAUUUCCUCUCCCUUCUGCUCUUCCACCUGUUUCUAUUUUCUCCUUUUUAAUGCACCUCUCUCUCCUUUCUACUUUCACUUUCUCAUCCCUUCCUCACCAUUCUCUUUAUUAGUAAUGGCUGCCUUUCAUUCAGUUCUUAUAUACUGAGCACUGUGCUAAAUGCUUUUUAUGUAUCACCUCAUAUCACUCUACAAGCUAAAUAAUAGUGUGCCUAUUUUGCAGAUGAGGAUAUUAAACACAGGUUAAUUUAUCUGAGCUCAGGCAAAUAGUUACAGGGAUUUGAACUCCCAUUAUUUAACUCCCAAGUCUUCUUCUCUUGGCUAUUACAUGGUCUCUCUUUUUUUUUCCAUUUCCAACUACCCCUUGUCUUUCCCUUCUUUCUGUUCCUCCUCUCCUCUCCUUCCUCUCCCCUUCUACUCGUCCCCUUUUCUCUCUCCAGUUUUCUCUUGAGCACUCACCACAGCCUGGUCACUGCAUGUGUGUGGCUGACCCUGAAGGUGUUGAACACUGCACGUGCCCAGAAGAGAUGAGAGACUAUUCAAACUCUUAUCUAAUCAGCCAUUUUACUUUUGAGCAAACGCUCUACAAUUUUCCACAUUUGGAGGCUGAGAGAGGGGACCCUUCACCACCUGAGAAAAGGGGGCAGAUAUUUGAUCACAAACCAGAGAAAAGGACACAAGACCUGAAUGGGUCUUUGAUAUGGACGGGAAGAGAGAUAAGGCACUUUCUACUCACUCAUGGACUCCCUCAUUCCCGGGGACUCUGCAUACUCUCAGCAUUGGGAGCUGGGGGCUGGUCUCUGUCACAGCAUCAUGAAUGAAAGAAGCCUUCAUGAUGAAAUUUAUCACCACUGCCCUGCCUUUCCCCAUAAGCACACAGAAUGUUCUAGAGGGAAUCAGGGCAUGAUGGCAGAAAAGAUGUGAAGGUCAAAGUUUGAACUUGAAUCUGAGGUUUUAUGAUUUUAAGAAGGGAAUAUUUAUAUUCAUUUCCCUCCUAUGUUUUUGCCAUCCUGUUGAUUAGGAUUGGUGAGAGGCUUAAACCUGAAAGACAUUUAUUGUUCACCAAGUAAGAAUUCUGGAGGUAGGAGAUUCAAGAGUUCAUUCAGAGGCCUCAGGUCACAGGUUGGCAUUUCUGAGAUUCUCUGGGCAGCUCCAGACAUCUUGGCUCGCACAACCCUAUCCACAGGCAGGAAGUAGUGGGAGUGGGAAGGACUGCAAGUAAAGCUCCUCUGCUUUUACUGGGGGGUGGAAAAAGCUUUUCCAGAAGCACUCCCUCCACAUUAGACUCUUCUCACAUCUCAUUGGCCAGAACCAGCUGCAGUAGGGACUGAUAAAGUGAUACCUGGCUUUUUUGCACUGCAAGACACAGGGAAUUGGUAAUAGCCACUGGGUAAGAAAGAUCAGUGUCUGCUGCCCCCUCCUUCCUUCCUUCAACUAAGAUUUACUGAGCACAUACUCUAGGCCAGGCUCUGAUGAUACAGAGACAAAGACAGUCCCUGUUCUCGAGCAGCCCCUACUGGAAAAACAUAGGUCCAGGAUUACAAAACAAGAUGGCAAGUGCUGGAGAUGAGUUGGUGCCCCCAGGAGCUGAAGAGGCUCAGCUUGAAGGAGCAGGGAGGGCUGGAGGAAGUGAUAACUGGGCUAAGUUUUGAAGGAUAAGUGGGAUUCAGCUAAGGGUGAGGGGCUUGGCUGGGAGAAGGGCAUCCAAGAGUCUGCCAGGACUUGGCAUGGCUGAUAGGGAUGGGCAGCCAAAGAGUUAGAACAAGCCGGCUAGGGCCAGAUGAGGGCAGGUUUGGUACAGAAUAUAAAGGUUUGGGGCAUUUAUUCUGGACAUGAGGAUGAGCAGGUCUGUAUGUGGGUACCUUCUGUAGGCAGAACACUUCCCAGCAGGGCAGCUGAACUGGAGAGAAGAGGCUGUAUUGUCCCACACCAUGCUGUGGAGUUGGAAGGCUGUGCUGCACUGAGAAAUCUUGGCAUCUGUCCCCUGGCUGCACCAAUAUGGGUGACUGGAGCUUCCUGGGAGAGUUCCUGGAGGAAGUACACAAGCACUCCACGGUGAUUGGCAAGGUCUGGCUCACUGUCCUCUUCAUCUUCCGCAUGCUUGUGCUGGGCACAGCUGCCGAAUCUUCCUGGGGGGAUGAGCAGGCUGAUUUCCAGUGUGAUACGAUUCAGCCUGGCUGCGAGAACGUCUGCUAUGACCAAGCCUUCCCCAUCUCCCACAUUCGCUACUGGGUCCUGCAGAUCAUCUUCGUCUCCACUCCGUCUCUGGUCUACAUGGGCCAUGCCAUGCACAUAGUGCGCAUGCAGGAGAAGCGGAGGCUCAGGGAGGUCGAGAAGAACAAAGAGGCUCGUGGCUCUGGAGCUGAUGAGUACCCAGUGGCUGAGAAGACAGAACUGUCCUGCUGGGAGGAAGCCAAUGGAAAGAUUGUCCUCCAGGGCACUCUGCUCAACACCUAUGUCUGCAGCAUCCUCAUCCGCACCACCAUGGAGGUGGCCUUCAUUGUGGGCCAGUACCUCCUCUAUGGGAUCUUCCUCAACACCCUGCAUGUCUGCCGCAGGAGUCCCUGUCCCCACCCGGUCAACUGUUACGUAUCCCGGCCCACAGAGAAGAAUGUCUUCAUUGUUUUCAUGCUGUCUGUGGCUGGGCUGUCCCUCUUCCUCAGUCUGGCUGAACUGUACCACCUGGGCUGGAAGAAGGUCAGACAGCGAUUUGGCAAGUCACAGCAGGGCAUGAUCAAGUCCCAACUUCCUAGUCCUCAGGCCGGUAUGACCCAGAGGGACACACCACCCCCUGACUUCAAUCAGUGCUUGGAGAAUGGCCCAGGGGGGAGGUUCUUCAGCCCCUUUAAUAACAAGAUGGCCUCCCAGCAGAACACAGACAACUUGGCCACUGAACAAGUGCGACGCCAGGAGGAGAUUCCAGGGGAGGGUUUUAUCCACAUCCGUUAUGCCCAGAGGCCCGAGGUCCCGAAUGGAGUCUCACCAGGACAUCGCCUCCCCCAAGGCUACCAUAGUGACAAACGCCGCCUCAGUAAGGCCAGCAGCAAGGCCAGGUCAGAUGACCUCUCUGUGUGACCCUCCAGCAUGGGGAACCAGGCUUAAGUGGGAACAAAGGAGGGUCAGAGAGGGAAGAUGUUCACCUUCUGACCCCGUACUCUCUCAUUCUAAUCACUGUUCUGUUCCUUUUGGGCCCCUGGUCUCAGUGGCAUGCUCAUUUAUUCCAGAAGGUAUGACCAGGGCUCAGUGAGUGUAAUCAGAGAUAGGUCUACCCAGCCAGGCUGCUGUCACUUCCCAUCUUCUACCCAGAAUACUCAGUGAAGCCUUUUCAGAUUACUCAAUGAACUGGGUAGGUGAAGGGAAAGGAAUCUUGGCAAAAUCUGGCCAGCAAGUGAUAACUGGAGGGGAUAGGGUGGCUCUCUGCAUACCAGCACCAUACCAGAUGGUUCCUUCCAAGCCUAGAGGCUUCUGUAUCCUUAUCUCAUGUCCACUCCCCUAAGGAAGAGCCCAAAAAUUCUCAGCCAAUGGAAGCCCUGAACCAAGGGAUCUGGAUUAGAGGACUCUCUAAUCUAUUGUCUCCACAAGCCAUACUUUGGAGUGGGGAUAAGGUAGCCUUGGACUGCCCUUGGCUACCUCUCCCUCUUCCCAGUCUUGAAAAGGGGUCCUUGGAACUUGAUCAGCAGCCUUGACUUUACGUGUGUCUUGCUAUGUACCUCUGGCAAAUGUCCCACCUUGGCAAUGUUAUAGCCUUUCCUUCUGCCAGCAUGUACACCCAGCCCAUGACGGUGCCAGCUCCUCCAGGGAGUCACAGUGCACAUGGGCUCUACUGGAAUUCCUGCCACCACCUAUGCAGCUCCUUUAUAGCCCAACUGGUUGAAAAACCAUCUCUUCCAUUCCUUCUCCCUUGGCUAUUCACCCAAUGCUCCCUUAAAGACCUUAUCCACAGAAAUGCCCAAAAUGCUGUCAUCCUCUUGGGGAUCCUGACCAGACCACCAGCCACUGAGGCCAAGGGAAUUUCCUAAGAUUUUAUUAAAACAAAGAGAAUAUUGUGCUUCUCAGAGGCAGAUUCCCCUUGGGAGAAAAUAACCCUGUUGUGAAGAUGAAAAUAAAAAAGGAGUGAAAACACUGGAAAACUAUUUGUCCCUCCUAUUUAUUUCCCUUGCUGACUGUCAACUUAGAGUGCCAAGAGGAGGCGUGAUGACAGCUAUGGAAGCCCCCAGAUCUCUCUCUCCCUGGAGGAUUUAGCAGGGGCAUGGAAGCAGUAGGGGAAUCUUCGGCUUUCUUGGAAGGGCCUUGUUCAAGACACAGAGUUUCCAACAUGUCCCUGGUACCCCUAAAUGAGAUCGCCAAGUGGGGGCUGCAGAGAAGCACCCCCUAUCCAGGAACUGACCUGGUUUCACUACUCAGUCUAUCCAAAAUGGGUGGCUGCUAUUUUGGAUGGAGGUAAAAGACGUUCAGAAUUGGAUAAUGAGUCUUACAGACAGAUGAUUACUUUUAAAUGCAUGUGUGUGUAAUGAAAAGGUGGGUGAAGGGGAAAUAAGAAAGGUAACCUUAGAGAAAACUGUGUCUUCCCGCCCUCCCCUCCAGCUGCCUGGUGGAGGGGUUGAGCCUUAUUCUCUAGGUGUCAUCAGCAUAAACCAGCAGAUAUGAGAGGUGGGAACAGAGGAGGGUGAAGGCACCAUCAGGCACCUCUUUGCUGAUGUUUGGAUGCUCUUGGUAGGGAAAGAGAAGGAUAAAGGUAGAGAGGUAGAGGGAGCUGACUGGGAUGCUACUUAGGGAAGAAUGGCUUGUCAUUCCAGGUGCCUGGAAGGAGACAUCUUUUUCUCUAUUGCCUGGCACUGGAAUUAGGAGUCUCUCUUGCCAUCUCUGAAAUGUGUUUGUUUUGUGAAAUGUGUGCUCUUGAAUUAGAAACUCUAUGAGAUCACCCUUGAUAAUGAGGCUUUCAGAAGGAAAAAGGAAGUAAUAUGUGUAAUCUGUCUUAAUAAAGUCUGGCUCUACAGCUA